AUGAUGUCAUUGCUUGUCUACCCAGGGGCAAGCCACCAUGCGAAACGUAAUAAAACUCAAAAGAAGAGUUCAAGCUCUAAACAAGGGCAAACUCGCUCCCAGUCAACAACACAACGUGAAGCAGAUGACACAGCCGGAGAUGGAGGUGGAGGCCUGGGCUCUGUACUGAAGGGUGCGAACGUCCAAGGUGCUGUUGUAGAAAAAGGAAUUGAAGUAAUGGGAAAGCUGGUGGAUAAACAACUGCAGAUUAUCGACGAGGCACAGGAGAAGGCAGAAAAUUUCUUGAAAAAGGAGAUUAAGUUGGACAUCGUACCAGAUAAAUCUUGGCAAACGGAAGACAUGUUUGUUCCUGCUGGUUACCAUAUGAACUCACAUAUCUCCAGUGACGACAGUGCACCAAAGGAAGUCGGCGAACCACCCUAUACUUACCCAGCAGGCCUUGGAAACGUGCUUAUGAACGGCUGUUGGGGGACUGGGUACAAGGAGGGAGAUCCUUGCUACGCGGCAAGGUGGAAAAUGGACGCUUGCUUGAACUUAAUUGACGGCGCGGCAUUCAUGGGUGUUGGUUUUGAUGGGCGUGGUGAGUACAGUCCUGAAUCAAGAAAAAUGAGCAUCGUGCAGCGGAACUGCGCUGGGAAAGCAACGUACGAUGACUACGAUGUCCCGGAUACAAUGAAUGUUCAUGGCAUUUAUGACACGAAAGCAUCAAUGGUGACAUUCGAGAGUCGCAGCGAGUUUCAAAAAUAUCUUCAAGAGGAGGCUGGUGUGUCUGGAUCAUACUUUGGAUUCUACGCAGGCGUGAAGUCAGGUUGGGAGGAGUCUGAGACCCAAGCUAGCCAAAAGUACAUGGCACUUCUACAUGUAGACAUAAACAGAUACGAGAUCUUUAUUGACGAGGUGAAGCCAAACGAUCUAAGUGCGUCGUUUUUGAGAGAGUUCAUGGAUCUGCCGACAUCUUAUUUUGCAGCGGACGCGCCUCUGACAUAUCCAACAGUGGAUUUCAUUCAGAGGUGGGGAACACACUGCAUCAAGUCGGCAAAAUUUGGUGGUCAACUCCAAAUUCGUAAAUUUAUGGAUGCAAGCGACGUUUCUAGCAAGAAAGAAUUCGCCCGAGAAAUGGAGGUGGAAUACAAAAGCUUGUUCGCCAGCGUCGGAGCAAAAGAAAGUCGAAAAGAAGGACAAUCGCACAGAAAACAGGCAAAAACAUCAUCGACAACGAUUCUUGCAAUGGGAGGAAGUCAGCAAAUUGCCUCUAUUUUAUCUGAUGCGUAUUCACCAACGUUCAAAAACGAGUUUAAAGAUUGGCUUGCUUCGAUUCCUCAAUAUCCAAAACCUUUUGAGUUUCAGAUGGCUCCAAUCACAAGUCUUCUUAAUUUCCGUCUCCGCGACUUGUUUCCCGAAAAGAGAAGCACCCAGGGAUGCGAGGGGAAUGCGGCGAAUCUUAAAGAAGAGGUAACGGCAAAUGAAGAAAAGUUGAAAUUCUACGAAACAGUCUUCCCCAAUGGAACAGUUCAGAAGCACUAUUGUCAGUUUGACAGCCGUAAGUCACUGGAGGAGGCGAUAACCAGGAGAAGAAUAAGCCUGACAAGAGCCAUCGAGGUCUACAUGAAGGAGGUGAUAACAUAUGUGUACUUUUCAUAAAAGAUGUCCUUAUUGUUGACCAUGGUUAUAUAGAUAAAUGAACGAUUGAUCGUUUUCUCAAGAUAUAGAGUCGCGAAAUGCCAAAGCCACAUAUAACGCUGUCGUAAGACAGACAUUUGAGAACACGCGAGAGAUUUCAAGAUAUGAGCUGUUGGGGAGAGGUUUCUACACUGAUAUCAAUUUUGACAGUAGAGUUUUCACCUACAAGGCGCUCGCAGAACCCAAUCUAUAUUCCAAAACGCGCACAUAAUCCGAUGAAAAAAAGUUUAGAAAAUUCGACCUCCCACGAAAGCGCGAAAGUAGGGCGUGGCUUAUGGUGUUUUCCUCACUUACACCAGAAUAACUACUGUCUUAUCUUAGCUGUGUGAAGUAUCUUUAUCAAAAGUAUUUUGCUGUCGUGAAAUUUCUCUCCCAAGGGCCCAAAUUCAAUCACAGAUAUUCAGCUACCACCAUGCAGCACAGACACCCCAGCAGCAGCCCCAGAGACAC